GCCACGCCCAGUUAAGGAAACCGGAAGUGCCAUGUCCGGACUGCAGAGAUUUAGCAGUUCGGUUGAAGAAAGAGGAGGACGACGAGGUGAAGGAGAAGAAGCUCUCGGACGGGUUAUGUUGUAAUUUUCUCAACUUUGGGUUGCUGUAAACUUUUUAAAACAACGACAUCUUUUUUUUGAAGUGUUUUUAGUGCUAGCUGGGAUAAGAAUGGACGGAGAGUCCGAGUUGUAAACGCUGUAACGUCAUCCAGUAGAUUUGUUUUGUCCCGUAAACAGUUUUGUUUGUCGUAAUUCUGUCGCGGUUAUGUUCAUGUUCUCGCGCACCGCCUCGUGAGCGCGUUGUAAGCGUUAACCGGUAGUUUAUGUAUUUUGUUUGUGUUUGUAUUAACUCGGUAAUUCGGUGUCGCGAGUGAAACAUGAACGGGAAGUCGGCGAACGGGGCUGCGAGCGGAGCGCCGGCCUGUAUUGAGGGUCUGCCGCCGCUGCCGAAGAGCCUGAGCGGCCUGCUGAACUCGAGCGGCGGAUCGUGGAGGGAGAUCGAGAGGAUGCACGCCAAGAAGGCCAUGAUCCAGGACGAUCUGAGGAGAGGAGCGGCUCCGGUGGACCGGGCUCUCGCCACCAAACCGGCCAACCUGGACGCGGCGCUGGCUCUGCUCCGGAAAGAGAUGGUGGGGUUGCGGCAGCAGGACAUGUCCCUCCUGUGUCAGCUCUGGUCCCUGCACGAGUCCAUCCAGGAGUACAAGGGCAGCUGUCAGGAGGCCGGCCCCGGGACCGACGCCAUGGACAACGGCUUCUUCGACGAGGACGACGAGUUCUACACAGACUCCGGCGUCACGCCCACCGAAACGCCAGACGAGAGCGAGACAUCACCGGCACGCAACGGGACAUCCGAGGACACGUGGCUGCACGAGUCGUUCCGCAUCGCGAUAUGAGAAUCUGAAGCCUCUUCUUUCAUCAAAAAAAUUAAGAGGCGGAGCCAUGACGCUGCUUCGUUUUUUUUUUUGUUUGUUUUUAUUUUUUUUAUCGCCAGCAGACUUUUCCUUUCUAUAAAAAUAUAAACCAAGAUUAUUUAUUAAUUAUAUAAAACAGUAUAUAGCCAUUUUUUCUGGACAUUUUAGAAUUUUAUAGGACUUUAUAUGAGGGAGGGGGCGGGGCAUAUCUAUAGUAUUCACAUUUAUGCUAAUAUUGUGUAGCGAGGCUCUUGUUUUGCAGGCUGAAUUCUGAUCUUAGGCAAAUUUAAUCAUAAUGGCGACAUCAGAAAUCCAGCAAACCGGGUUCAGAUCAAAUCUGGGUCCUGAGGCGAAGCGGAUAAAUAUAAUGCUGGAAAGAGGAAACACUACCUACAUUCGUGACAUCCUUUCAUUUGGCAUCCGUUUAAUCCUGGCUUAAAUCUGGUCGUUCGAGGACUCGGCGUUGGCUCGGCUCUGGGAUCUGAACUCGCAAACGCAACCACACGCUGCUUGGGUAACGUGUAUAUCUUUAAAUCCAGGUGUGCCAUGGUAUGACGCAUCACUCAGUACAGCAGUGUCACGGUUCUCCUCCCAUCCACCAUAAAAAGCUUUAUAACAGCUUGAGAUCCUACAGAACCAGACACUUUCGAAACGAAUCAGCCAUUUGAUUCAGGAGAAAAUGAUUCACUUACAAAACCUACUCAUGAAAUAAUACACUAUUCCAAAAUAUUGCAGGAGAAGACACUAAAAAUAGUACACAAUCAUAAUUAACGAAACUUAUGCAUUUAAUAAAGGUGCUAGCGUGAAGUCUUCCUGCUUUUGGAUGUCGAAGGAGUAAUUAGCGCAUGACGCCUUAAUCACAUCACUUGUUAAUUACGUAUGAAUAUCAGUCGUAAUUUGAUAUGAACAUGCAAACCAAAGACGAAUGCUAUGUUUAUAACGCAGCAUGUGUUUGUACUCGUUCAUAACAGAGCUGGGUGAUAAAUAAUAACGAUGCCUGAAAUAAUCAUUAUUUGACAGUAAAUUAGGAAGAAUUCGUUUACAAACUUGCAUAAGAUCGAGUUCGAUUAGUAUAGAAAUUCACUUUUGGAGAACCUGGAUUUUCAGGACACUACACUCGAUAACUAAGGGUUAUUACGCGGAACGUUUCAUAUCCAACACCUUUUAGGACAGAUGCGAGAACUUUAUUGUCGUGCGCAAG